UUGUCAGCUGUCAUAACAUAAGAAUUCAAGAUGGCUUUCGCCAACUUGACGUUUUGAAUAUAAAAAUUUUUUAAUAUACAAUUUUUCAAUUUUCUAUUAGGUUCCAAAUUCUACAUGUUCUGUUAUCGUUUUUAUGUAAUGUGCUGUUUUCUUAGAGACAAGUUUCAAGCCUGCAUAUCUCAAGAAGUUAAUGAUCUUCAAAAUAGAUCAUUAGAAAUUUCUCAUUAAUGUAUGGAAUAUAUUAUUUGGAACGAUUAUUUCGACGUAUUAAGUUUUGAAAGUCAUUGAUGACCGAUAUUUGUUAGAAUUAUUAAAGAAAUUAACACCAUUUUUCUGAUUGAAUGAUAAUAAGUAAUAAAAAAACACAAAAUGGAAGCUAUGCAGUAUGAAUUGUCUAGAAAUAUGACUUUAUUGUUCUUUUUUGAACGCCUUAUGGACAAAGGAGAGCCCAGAACCCUUCAUGAUUUGAGUUGCCAAUUCGGAUCUAAAGGAUUCACGAAAGAAAUGAGACAAAUAGCCGGGGGUUCUCAAAGUGGUCUCAAAAAGUUUCUAGGGCAAUAUCCAAGUCUUUUUAAAAUCGAUGGGGAAUAUGUUAUGAUAAAUAUGUUCCAAAAUGAAGAUGGAAAAGAUGCUGAUGGUGGUAAGGAUUAUACCACACAAGCAGUUGAAUAUUUCUCAGAAAAGCUUGCACAGUAUGGUGAAGGUACAGAAGUGCCAAUAAGAAGUCUUUUAGGGCAUCGUUCUCAAGCUAAUCCUGAAGUAAGACAUGUAUCAGGACAACAUUUUCAUGAAUUCAGGGAAUUUUUGUUGAAACACCCUAAUGUGUUCACUAUUGAUGAUGAGAAGGAGAGUGUGGUUUUAACCAAUUAUACAGAUGUUAAAUCCCAUUGCCCUCCCGAGCUACAUUUCCAACAUGAUGUUAAAAUUGAUCCUGAAAGUACGCAGACUCUGUUAGAUUUUCUCGCUCGUUGUAUUGACUUGAAGAAAGGUCCAAUUCUGGUGGAACAACUCUUUCAAAUAGUCUGCUGCAAUCUUCCAGAAGACAUUUGGUCGAACCUCUUCAACACUCCUACUCACUUACUGAGUUUCCUGAGACUGUUCUCUGACAGCUUCCACAUCCAGUCUAAUCUGGUGACUUUACUGCAGGCCCCCAAGAUAAAUCAAAAGCACAUAAGUGCUGUUAUCAAAGAUGUGGCAGCAAAGAACAAAGCUAAUAUGGAUCUAAUGAUACAGAAUGAGAAAAAUCAAAAUUUGAACAAUAUCCCUCCACCUACUCCGAUUAUUUCGAACAACACGAACAAUAAUAACGUGAACAACAACGUGCCUGUCGAAAAAGUUUCAGUGCAAAUUCAACCUCAACCUCAGAGUCCAAGAUCGAUCAGUGAUAGGCUCAAACAGCCAAAAAUGCAGCAAAAAAUUAACGAAAGCCUCAAAGCUAAAAGUCCAGAACCUCCUGUUCAACAAUCAAUGCCUUCUGUAGCAGUUCAGGAUGAUAGAAAUAAAGGAUUCAAUCUCAAGCAAACCCUUGUUAAGAAACAAUCCUCAGAUUCAAGCGAAGAUUCGAACAUGUCCCAAGACGCCAACCGAAAUCGAGCGCAAAAUCCCAACCAGAGCUUGAAAGAAAGGAUUAACUCCCUAGUUCUGAAGACACUGCAAGAAAACACAGGCAGGGAGAACAGACAGAACAUGCUCAACAAUCAAAACACCAUCCUACAUAGCGACUCUUGGAAAUCGAAGGUAUUUCAGAACACUAGGGUGAUAUGCAGCGAGAAAGACUGCCAAAUGGUGGUCAAUGAUAUCAUGAGAAAAAAUCAGCAGUCCGCCAAGAAGAACAUGGGACACGAGGACGAGGAAGAAUGGCCUUUUACAGAGGACAAGAUCGUAGUAGGCUUUGAUUGUGAGGGUAUCAAUCUGGGUCUCAAGGGGCAGCUUACUUUGAUUCAGAUCGCGACUAUGACCGGAUUUUCGUAUGUAUUUGAUUUGAUCUCUUGUCCUGGAAUGAUAGAGGGCGGUUUGAAGAGGUUGUUGGAGAGUCCAAAUGUUGUAAAAAUUAGUCACGACUGUAGAAAUGACUCGGUAAACCUUUACAACCAAUACGGCAUCACUCUGAGAUGUGUUUUCGAUACUCAAGCCGCUCAUGCAGUCCUGACGUACCAAGAGACUGGACGACCGGUGUACAAGGCUCGUUGCGUGGCCCUCAACGCCCUCUGUGAGUACUACGGCGCACCGGUCAACCCGAUGAAGGACCAAUUGAAAAACAUUUACAGAAGGGAUCAGAAGUAUUGGUCAAAGAGACCAUUGACCAGGGAAAUGGUAUUGUAUGCUUCGGCAGAUGUUUUGAGUUUGGUAAACGAGAAGAUUUAUUAUCCCAUUUGUCGUGCUAUUAAGGAAGAAAAUAGAAAGUUGUUCCUUGAAUUGUGCCAUGAACAGAUUUUCAUGAAUAUUACACCGGAUGAGGUGAAAUUGAGAAAACGACAAAGAAAAACAGAGAAAGAGGUUACUCAGUUGAGAGCAAAAUUAGCGACAGCUUCUAAAAGUGUUGUAUUGAGCAACAGAGAAGUUAGGCUUUUGAGGUUUAUAGAACUUACAGAUGAAGAAAAAGAAAAACUCAAAUCAUCUGCCAAGGUGGCGAAAAAACUGGAAAAAUUGGAGAGUCUGGGACAAGAGAAAGAGCAGGAUUCUUCAGAUGACGAAGAUAAUGACCAAGAUUAUCCCAGUUUGGAAUCUGACAUGACUUCUCCGAAGAACUCUGGCCCCACAAGUCUUACGGAAAGUAUGCAACUCGUCGAUACCAUUUUGAGUAAUUCGAAAAUUGAUAGAUUCGACAAGAUAGAACGAUUGGAGUCGAUUCUCACCGCCACCGCACUUCUCCCCUCCAAUAUAGAUAGUCCAAACGUUGAACUUGACAGAUGUCAUUGCAACUGUCAUUUGGGUAGACAGCUUAGUAAUGGACUGAAGUCUGAUAGGGAAAUAACGCCUAGUGGAAAUUUCAGUAGUGCUUUCCAGAAUUCUGAAGAAGUGCUCCCAAAGGAUAACCAUUCAAACAUGGAAACUCAAACAUUGAGUACUGGAGAUAUCGUUGUUACAAAAAUUUAUUUCAACGAAAUGACUGACUAGGGAAUUUCUGUUAAGACGACGGGUAGUUUCAUUAGGUUAACAGUCUGAAAAGCAGAGUGAGAAAUUUUCUGAGGGAUCAGAAUUGAAUUGAAACAAGGUAAUGUCAGUAUAAAAUUUUUGUGCUCAAUUGAUAUUCGAAACAUUUAAGUAGGAAGAUAUAUGUUGAAACAUUAUCUAUGACUAAGCUUCAAACAUCACUUUUUCAAAGUAUUUUUCAAGUUCUCUUUUCUUAUUCUUUUAUAUUUCCAAGCAGUGGCGACGGCUUUUCAAGAAUAGGGGCGGACCAAGGAGGGGUCAGGAUUUUCCAAGGGGGGACCAAAAUUCUUUCGACGGAAUCGAAAUAAUCAAAGGGUAAAGGAAAAAUAUAUGUAU